CAUCGUUCGCAUAUGUGCGUCCAAUGAAUUUGUGGCUUCCAAAUCAUGAAGCUUGUCGCAAUGCAAAGGAGAUAUGUAUACAGAAUACUCGAUUCUUACUAACUGUAAGGAGAUUAAAUUUCUGAAAUAUCGGUAACGAUGAUCGCGACACGGAAAUGGUAAUAAUGAUGGUAACGGAGCUUCCGAAGCCCCAUUUUUUCGUAGCAAAAUAAUACAUAAUAAUACGUAGUCUGUGGCUCUAUCAUCUACAUGCAUCUACCCCAUCUACUGUUACUAUCUGCUCUAUUAUCUACGGACUAGGGGCAGGCAUGGACAUAACACUAUCAAAGUGAAAACAAAAAUUUCGAAUUUGGAUAGUGUUACGCAUAAAUAAAAAUGACUGAAUUGAUACAAGGACGGUGUUUGUUGAUGUGCCCAGAAAGGGAACGUUGUAUGAGAGAGAGAAAAGGUUUGCUGCACAGAUUCGAAAUUGAUGAGAAUACGAAAACCUCUCGGCAACCAAAAGCUGAUCCUAUGAAAACUGUGAAAUGUUUUGGUCGUCCAGCGGCCGGGUUGGUUAUGACAGAUCCAAGUCAAUUACGUCCGGCAGCUGUAUUACUGUCAACCAUUAGAUAUUUGUUUACCAAAGUAGCUACACGAACAGAUGUCGAUUGGAUAGCGAUAUAUGACUUUCUGUUCGAUCGUCUAAGAGCAGUCAGACAAGAUGUUGCCAUUCAAAGAAUAGACGUUGCCUCGAGUAUUUCAAUCUUCGAACCUAUCGUUCGAUUUCUGAUCUAUUCUACGCAAAGGCUGUGCGAUCGAAAUAUCUCUGAAUUUGAUACAACCAUUAAUAAUAGACACCUUUUCGAAUGUAUAUCGCACCUACUAAUUCUAUACGACCAAUGGGAUCAAAAAGUUCGUACAUCGGAUAUCUCCGAUAUCUCUAUGGAGCAACUAAAACUAGAUAAUAAUCGCGAGCAAAUGGAAGCAGCAUAUAUACUUUUAAAUAUGGGUAAUGUCGAAGCUUUAACAAGAGCACUGACGCUUCCUCUUUGUCUCAGAAAAUCCGCAAAUGUUCAAUUAUCGAUGAAGAUAUCAUUUGCCUGGUAUUUAAAAAAUUACGUACGCUUAUGCAGCUUAAUUGCACGACUUCCCCCAUUAUUGAUGUGCACAGCUAUGAUCAAUAUGACGAACAUCAGAAGAACAACAUUGAAAAUCAUGAGUUCAGGAUAUAAUAGUAAAGUACUCACGUUCCCAGGAUUAAAAUUACAACAACUUUUAUUGUACAGAGACAUAGAGACAGUUCUAGCAGAUUGCGAAUUGCAUGGUCAAACGUCUGUCGACCAGAAUAUACUGUUUCAAAAAGCUACAUUCAGAGAAGCCGCAGGAUCGAAGAAUUCAGCGAUAUAUUAUACUCGGCAAAUUAUACAUGAUUUUCUACCGUCUAUUCUCCUGGAGUCUGUGUAAAGAGUUGUAAAGAAUCAUAAAGAAUUGCAAAUAAUCGUAUCGCAGGAAAAUUAUGUGUGUGAACAACACCAAGAGUAUACGAACGUUCAUAAAUUAAACAUUUCAAAUGUAGCGGUAACGUGUAGUCAGUAAAAAAAUUUAUUCCUACGAUAACAUA